CGGCCGGGAGCGCGCCCAGAGCGGGGCGGGCGGCGGUGCAGAGUGGACGUCCGGGAUCAGAUCGGACACCGUCGGGCACUUGGACAGGCGGGCCAGCCCUGAGGCACAGCCGCAGAGGCACCAGGACCUGAACUGUGUAGCGAUAGACACGGCGGUCAUGGUGGUGUUGGCGCUCUUGCGGUGGCAGUGGCGCACGCUGCGCUCGCUGGGGGCGGCGCUGCUGGCGGGGGCGGUCGGCGGCGGCGGCGCGCCCUCCGCGCUGCUGCUCGCCACGCUCUGCCUGUGGCCGUUCAGCGCGGGGCUCGUGGCCUCGGCCUCCCCGCCGCCGACGGCGCCCCCGCUGCCCUCGCUGGCCUCCCUGCUGCAGCGGGUGCGCGCCGGCCUGCCGGGCCUGCCCAGCCCACCGCGGGCGGUGCGCGACACCAUGGACGCCCUCCUGGACCUGGCCACCUCCGCCGCCUCGCCCACGCAGGCCAUGAGCAGGGCCAUGCAGAUCAUGCCCCCCCUGAACGAGGACGUGACAUCGGCCGACAUCCUCAGGGCGUACGGCUACCCCGCCGAGACGCACUUCCUGUGGACGGAGGACGGCUACCGACUGCAGUUGAACCGCGUCGCGCCCCCCAGCGGCGGCGGGCGCCGCCAGCCCCUGCUGCUGGCGCACGGCAUGCAGACAGCGUCGCCGUGCUUCUUGCUCACGGGCAAGGAGAAGUCCCUCGCCACGAUGCUCUACGACGCCGGGUACGACGUGUGGCUACUCAACUACCGGGGCACCCACUACUCCACGGGGCACAGAAACCUCUCGGUGAACAGCGAGGAGUUCUGGAAGUUCAGCUUCCACGAACACGGCGUCUACGAUAACCCCGCCGUCAUCGACUUCGUGCUCGAGCGGACGGGCUUCCCCUCGCUCGUGUACGUGUCGCACUCGAUGGGCUCCACGUCCUUCAUGAUCAUGGCCUCCAUGAGGCCCGAGUACAACGACAAGAUCCUCGCCGCGCACCUCAUGGCGCCCGCCGGGCCCCUGCACCACCACCGCAGCCCCUUCGUCGGCGUUCUCCAAGGCCUCAACAACGUGACAACGGCCCUGCUGGACAGGUUGCGCCUCCACCACACCAUGAGCUUGGUGUACCGGCUCUUCCGCAGGCUGGGCUCGAUGCUGCACUCGGUGCCCGGCGUCGGGGCCUUACUGUACGCCUUCACCUACACCAUCGUGGGCUACAACCCCCAGGCGGAAUACUACGAGCUGCCGUACUUCUGGAACACGAUACCCAGCGGCGGCUCGUGGGGGGAGGUCCUCCACUACGAGCAGAACGCCGGCCGGGGCGUGCAGGGUUUCCGUCGGUACGACCACGGCCGCAAGAGGAACGUGGAGAUGUACGGUUCAGCUGUGCCGCCGCUCUACGAGCUGUCCAACAUCCGCGCGCCCGUCCACCUGUACCUCGCGCACAACGACGUCCUGUGCGCCGACAAAGACAUGGAGUACCUGCGCUCGCAGUUCCGCAACCUGGCCAGCGUGCAGUACGCGCCCGACCCAAAGUUCAACCACAUGGACUUCUUCGCCGCCAGGACGGCGGACCGGCAGGUCUACCUGCCCAUGCUCAAGCAGAUGCGUCGCGACGCGGACGCGCCGUCACCACCGGCCGACGGCGGGGCGACAGCAGAUAACGCCCUCCCGGACGAGGACGAGGCGUGACACCUGCAGGCGCCGCACCUGGCCGCCGCACCGCGGCCACACCUGGGCGGCCAGGUGCUUAUCUUGGGGUGCUGCAGGUGGUGCGGCCGGUAGCGCGGGUCCGCACUUCCGUCUUGGUCGGCAACGAACGUCGGAAACUAAAGAUGUCGCUACGGACUUCCCCCGGUGCCGAAGGCGAGCACCGCGACCAGAGCCGCGAGCCACAGCGGCAGCCCCGGCCCCGAGGCCUGCGCCGCGACCGAGCCA